AUGUUGGGUUUGGGUUUUGCAUUGGGAGCAAUAGCGCUGCCGAAAGAAGCCUUCUCGUUUGCUGCCCCAUUAAACUCUCCGCGUAGAAGAUAUAUUUUAUCAAAUCGACCAAAUGGAAUCUAUAUGAAGGAGAAAUCUGGAAAAGGUAGCUCAAGUGCUCGUCCUUUGCCUCAAGGUUUUGGGAACAAGUCAUCGUCUGCUUCGGAUGGAGAGAAGGUGGCAUUUGUGGGUAAUGACAAGUUGGGUAUAUCUUUUACCUGCGAUGCACAGGGAUGUGGAGAGCGCGUCACGAAGAGCGUGAAAAGAAGGAGUUACGAGAAAGGAACAGUACUCAUUCGCUGUCCGAAAUGUGAAAAGCACCACAUUAUUGCAGACAACACAGGGAUGUUCGCACACCUUACUGGAGGAAGAAAGAACGUUGAGGAAAUAGCGAAGGAUACGGGUGCGGCUUUCACUCGUGUGGGGACUGAUUCUUUUCAACUAGACAACUCAUAUAGUAAGUUCGCAAUGCCCUAA